UUUUCAUGACGGGGCGGUGCGGACGCGGGUGCUCUGGCUUCUCCGGUGGCGUGAUUGGGGUCGGCGAUGGUCAACGUUUAAACUCAAGGCGAGAAAUAAUAGUGGACGGGUGAAAGAUCGCGGGACUCCAGGGUCCGGAGUGAUCGAUGAGCAGCUGCCCGCCGGUUUGAAGGUACGCCGGAGAGAGACAAAAGACUUCUCACUGGCUGUUUGCACAUGCGGCACUCGGGGAAAGUUAAAGGAGCCCCGUCUCAUUGGAGCGGAUGAAGGGCACACAGUAGGAAGCAGCUGAUUGUCCGCUCUCAUCAUCAGCACGGCUUUCUCUGCACUGAGGAGGAAUUCAUGUGGAGGGGGAGGCGCCGGAGAGAGGCGAGCGGCACGACUGCUGCCCGAAUUUAACAAUUAACCUUGAUGAACACAGAUUGGUUUCACUUAAACGGACGCAGGUGCUCGGGGUUCGCGAAACGGCGCAGCUGAGCAGUUCCGCGUUUACGCCUGACGCAUUUUAUGCUAAAUACAGAAACUACAGAGAAUAUUGCAGCUGGUAUUGUUAUUUUUUUUUUAUUUUAUUUUUUUUUGCCACGGGACAGGAUGCAUGUUACAAUGGCAGCCCGCCCGAUACACAUAACGCUGGAAAAUCCCAAUUCAGGAGCACCGCUGAAUUGAUUCGGAGACCUUUAUCGGAAUUUGACCGUCGUGUCAUUGCCGAGUCCACCAGUCCCAGCAGCUGAAAGGCAUCCUCUCAGCGGCGGAGACAAGACAGGAGGGGGGGAAAGCUGUCCGCUUCACUACUCUCCCUCCAUCUGCGCACUGGACGGCUUGAAAUGAGGACCACAUCCCGGCUGUGUUCCGUGUGAAGAAGCAAACGGGGCGGCAGUUUCUUCGGAUCUCUCAAGGACGCAAAAAAAAAAAAAAAAAAAAAGUGGCCGCCGGCCGAGCUGCGAAUCAUGGAGCGGGACGACACCGACGCCGUGAGCCCGUCCAAAAAGACAAUAAUUGCGAAGAUAUUCAAAGUUCGCAAAAGGAGGGAGAUGUUGUUCGUCCAGGUGUGCUUUAUCUGCAGUGUCCUCUUCGUGGCGUGGAGCAUGUCGGCGCUGUUGACCAAGACAGGUCAUGGGAUGACAGUGGAGACGCAUCCGGACCUUGAACACUGGGGGAGGCGGCUUAUGGCUUCACUGCCAGAAAAUGAAACGGAGGACAAGAACUGUUCAGAGCCAGCAAUACACGAGUUCCCCAAUGACCUUUUCACCAACAACGAACGAAAGUCUGGAGCCGUUCUGCUGCACAUUGUGGCGACGCUCUACAUGUUCCUGGCCCUCGCCAUCACGUGCGACGAAUACUUUGUGACAUCGCUGGAGAAGAUCUGCGAGAAACUAGACCUGAGUGAAGAUGUUGCAGGGGCCACAUUCAUGGCAGCUGGCAGCUCCGCUCCAGAGCUUUUUGCAUCCGUCAUUGGUGUCUUCAUCACCCACGGCGACGUGGGGGUGGGGACCAUCGUCGGCUCAGCGGUCUUCAACAUCCUAUGCAUCAUUGGCGUUUGUGGGAUCUUCGCUGGACAGGUGGUGAUGCUGACCUGGUGGGCUGUUUUCAGGGACUCCUUCUACUACAUCCUGUCUGUCCUGGCUUUGAUUGCGUUUAUCUAUGAUGGGAAGAUAGUUUGGUGGGAGAGCUUGGUGCUGGUAGUCAUGUAUGCAGGCUACAUCCUCGUCAUGAAAUUCAACUCCAGCAUGCAGAAAUUUUUCAUGGGGGGGAAGUCGAAGAAAAACGUGGCCAAUGGUAACGCUGCCGCCAGCAGCGAGAUGGAGGACGGUAAUAAUAGCUUUGACUAUGUUUGGGAUGACGACCCGUCAUCGCCUUUACUCAAAACAGUCAAGCCCAGCAAGGCUUACAGCCGCGGCUCGGUGGUGAUGGUGGACGAGAUCAUAAACGCCAGCCCUUCAAAAUAUAGGUUUCCCGAGGCUGGUCUUCGCGUCAUGGUCACCAGCCAUUUUGGGCCCAAGACCCGCCUGCGCAUGGCCAGUCGCCUCAUCAUUACAGAGCGCCAGAAGUUGGUGCAAGCUGCCAAUGGCGUGGAGACGCAAGUGAUUGACGGGAAGGUCGAAAUCGAGAAUGGAAACGUGCCAGAGGACAAACCCACCGAGUCGGAAGAAAGUGACACCAUCUCACCAUUUCACAUUCCAAGAAGCAUUGGCAGCAAGUUCAAGUGGCUGAUCUCGUGGCCUCUGCUGCUGCUGCUGUUCUUCACCGUCCCAAACUGUGCCAAGCCUCGCUGGGAGAAAUUCUUCAUGGUGUCCUUCAUCCUGUCCACCGUCUGGAUUGCUGUCUUCUCCUACUUGAUGGUCUGGAUGGUGACUAUAAUCGGCUACACUCUGGGAAUCCCUGAUGUCAUUAUGGGCAUCACUUUCUUGGCUGCUGGCACCAGCGUCCCAGACUGCAUAGCUAGUCUCAUUGUGGCUCGGCAAGGUUUGGGAGACAUGGCGGUGUCGAAUACCAUUGGCAGUAACGUGUUCGAUAUUCUGGUGGGACUCGGGGUCCCCUGGGCGAUUCAGACCAUGUGUGUGAGCUACGGAUCAGAGGUGAUGAUUAACAGUCGGGGGCUGGUGUACUCAGUGGUGCUUCUGCUGGGCUCUGUGGCCCUCACGGUGCUGGGGAUCCACUUUAACAAGUGGCGGCUGGACUUCAAGCUCGGCGUGUACGUCCUCGUCCUGUAUGCCAUCUUCCUCUGCUUCUCCAUCAUGAUAGAAUACAACGUGUUCACUUUCGUCAACCUGCCCAUGUGCAUGGAGGACUAGAGCACAGAAGCAUGGCUCGAAUACCAAAACCUCAACAACACCUCCCAUCACAGACCCUCAAUUCUUCCCCACCCCCCUUCUCUUCAGUAAUACUGGACCUAUCUGCAGACUGUUUUUUCUCCUCCUUCGCACUCUUUGCUCUUUGUAAUAUGAAUUUCCUUACGAGGCAGUGCACCGUCCGUACGAGUGGACGCGUUUCUAAUUUGUCCCCCUUGUCACAGAGUGCCGCUCCUUAAUGCCCAUUCUUUGCCUGUUAAAUGCAGUUAAGUCUUUACUUUUCUCUGUGCGCCUGUUACCUUUCUACCCAUCUAGCAUGCCUUUUAGAUGUCGGGGACCUCCAGAAUCAGAAGUGCCCCUGUCGAGUGUUGGUGUGUUUUUCGCUGUUCACAUUGUAGAUUUCCACGCACCAUAUCCAAAGCCUUUCCAAACCAAACUACGAGUCUGUCGAGAAGAUAAAGAGAUCUUGCCAUAAACCCUGAUUCUAAUGAAACGCUCCUUAAAAUCGUUCCCAAAAGAUUUACCAAGUUACCCUAGGACCCAAAGAACAACUCCACCCCCCCAAACCCUCCGGAGAAGGGUCUUGUCCUUGGCAGCUCCCCUCCUCCAGCUUGGACCUGACUCUCCUGGCAUGGCCUUUGGCAUCAGGGAGCAGAUACUGUUAGUGCUUCACUUCUCUCAAACCCUCAUCUGCUUUUGUUUUCUUAAGAAGAAGAAGGCGAAGAAAAAAAAAAAGACCUUUUGUCGGGAAGGACGCUCCUUGAGACGUGUCACAGUCCAGAUCAGCUGACUGUGAGGGUGUUAUGCAUACGCAGCACUGCACAAUGUAAAUUUGUAAACACUUUUUUUUUGUAUUUCCUUUUUCAAAACAAGGUUUUGUCUAGUACGAGAUACGGAGGAGAGCUCGUCGCAAGUGUCGGACAUCGCUUGUUUUUCACUGAAACGAAUUGCACACGGAAACGCUUUUUUCUUGCUUUGUGCUGUAAGGAGAUUUGACCACUCAGAGGGGUGUUCACAUUCGACGGCGGGUCGUUCCAUGUGUUUUUUUUUUUUUCCUCCCCCCCUCUGCACAAAAUCAGAACAAAAAAAAAACUGUCUCCACAUCUGCGGGAUGCAUCUAAUCUUUUUCAUCAUCAGGUGACUUGUUCUCAUUUUGAGAAAGCAGCAGCAGCAUGAAGGUAGUUGUUCAAUAAAAAUAAAUAAAUGCAAAGAAACCAGACGGCUCUAAACACUGUCUGCUAUAAAUAACACCCUCUGACCGGUGCGGGCCUUUGAAGCCCCCCCUCUACUCAGAGUGGCAACCACAACCGUCGGUUAUCAGGGAAACUCGGAGAUGGACAACUCCAGGAGGUGGAGGUGGCGAUGGUCUCUUGAUUUUGAGUUACAUGUAGAUAUUGCACUUUAACAGCCGUCCUCUCAUUCUGAAUCAACUAGUGCUUCCUUCUGUGCGUGUGUAUUUUCAGUGGAUAUGUGUUUGUGCGACUGUACGUGUGCAAGAGAACAUUGUGUGUCUGUGUGUGUGUGCGUGCGUGCGUGCGUGUGUGUGCCCACGCUACGUUUCUCACACCGGGGCUCUGGACUCUCAGACUUGACUGGAACCUUGAUACCAACAUGAGCACACCCGCCUCUGUCUGCAGUGCAUGCUGGGACGUUUGAACGCAGCUCCUCCACAGCACAGCAAAAAGGCUGAGGGCUUCUGGGGGCGCCGCCUCCAGGGACGCCGCUGCCGCCGCCGCGCCCACUUUUACAAAAAUCGGCAGCUACGAGCUACACUGCAAUCCAGACAUUUUGACAUCAUGCAAAAAGGCCUGCGAGGAGUCCACACGUGAGACUUUAAAAACAAAAACAAAAAAAAAAAUUAAAUAAAAAAAAUUAAAAAGAAGCGCGUGGGGAAGUGUUUUAAGUGUCGAAAAUAAUUCCUCUGCCACGCCGUUGGCAGCUUGUAUAUGCAAUCUCAGUGUAAAGAGUUGAUGUGACAGAAGGCCCCCCUUCUCCCCCCUUUCCCCCCCGCCCCUGCGAGGUUUUGCCAUAUAACGACAGGGGAUCCCGUGGAGAUGUGACGUCAGUUUGUCUAGUGGUUCUUGAUGUGCGAGCUCACAGGUGUGCGUCUGACAGCCGAGGAGCCGGGUGUGGAGGACGGGACGUGUCGGGGAGCCCCGCUCCUCUUUCGUCUUUCUCCACUCGCACAAGGGCAUUAACUCUCCACCGACCCCAGCUGAAAGGAGCAGAGGGGCAGCAGGGGAACGCCGGAUGGACGAAAUGGAUCGCUACCCUCAAGACUGUCAUUUUCCAAAUCAACCCCGGAUGAGAGCAGACUUUAAUGAAUAAAAAAAAAAGAAAGAAAAGAAUUGGACCUCCUUAAGCUGCUACUCUUAUGGGGUUUAAACUGCUGUGGGUGGAGGUGACCACACAGGGCCUACAGACUUGGGCUGACGCCCUCAUACAACCUCCCCUCCUCCCCUACAAUAUUUUCAGUGGGACUUCUGUACAUACGCUUUAUUUAUUUGAUUUCUUUUGAAGCUUUUUUUGAACUCGUUGAUUCAGAAUGUGCAGCGUUUAGGUUUUUCUGUGUACAUUUUUUUUUUUUUUUGGUCGUUGCACUGUGUGGUCAUGUCCCAGUUGCCAGGUUUAAGCGGUAACACCACAGCAGGUGGGAGGAUGAGACACCGCUCCUUUUUGGUUGUUGUUUUUUUUAUUAUUAUUAUUUGUUUGGUUUUUUUUCUUCUUCUGUCCUUGCCUUGACACUCGUUCUCACCGGUUGUCUGACUCGCAUCUCUGUCAGUUUUUGUUUUGGAGAAGAUAAAGAUUAAAAAAAAAUAAAUGAAUAAAUCAGAUGCCACACUGAUGCGCUCUGUGGAAAUCCUGUAUACAAAACACACUUUAGGACACACACAUUAAGAGUUUAACACGAGAGAGGACUGGUAUGUAUUUUUUUUUUUUUCGAUCGAAUGCGACCUGAUGCACUGUGAGCUCAAUGUGACGUGGGAGUUGUUUGUCGAGAAUAAUGAUUUAAAAAAAAAUAAUAUAUAUAUUUAAUGUAAAGUUAGUUACUAUAAAACAUUACCGAGGACAUCUGUAUAACUUAUAUGAAUGUAUUGUCUUGCUAUACUGGACAUAUCCAACCAAUGCAUUUUACUGUAAAGCAAUAAUGUGAAGAAAAAAAAAAUAAAAUGGCAAAAUAAUUCCUGUA